AUGCCAUACACCUACGAGCUAACAGACUCAGUUUGGGAUGGCUGGGCUGGCUUUUUCUACAUCCCUUGCGGCGUUAGCCAGUUUCCAGCCAGCUUUACACAGAGCUUGAGGGUUCGGUCACCUUGUGGUCUUGUUCAUUGUGCUUGCUGCAAUUUGAAACUUGAUUCGCUUGAUCUAGGAUCGGGCCGUCAAUAUAUGACUUGUCUCGCCUAUGUUUUUUUUGUCGUGGCUACUUGCUUCCAAGCUCACUCUCAGGUUGCCGAGGCAUCGCUCUGUGUGAUCAUGGAGCCGAGUAUGGCAACGCCUCUUUUCAGCUUCAGCGCGGCGACCUGGAUGUGA